AUGGAUUCCAAACCCAAAACAAUCUCGAAUCCGCGUCGUCUGCUCAUUCUCACGCCUACCACUGCUGCAGGUACUGCUGCAAGUACAGCUACGACUACAGACACAUAUACAGCUGCAGAUAAAGCUCCAGCUGCAAAUGCAGUGCCCACGAUAGACCCCGUUACCACGAUCCCCCCGCUGCUAUCCGCACUGACCGGCGAAUCCAUCAAUGAAGACAAUCUACAACACGAAAUCCCUAUCGAGUCUGUAGAAACCGAUACCAACAACAAUAACAACAACAAAAACGAAAGAAAAACAAAAACAUCCUUUGCAGGAUACACAACACAUGCCCCGCUACGCAUUGAAACGCGGUACUACACUGCCGAUGUACCCAUCUGGGUCGAUGAGAUUGUCUCGCCGCCGUCCGUAGAAACCACAGAAACCACAGAAAAAGAAGAAGAAGAAGAAGAAGAAGAAAAAGGACAGUGGAAAACCGAAUUCCUCUCCGACGAAGCCCAGGUCGUGCGUGACGCAAUCGGGGCAUUGCUCGUCUGCGCACGCAACCCUGUUGCGCCGAGCAAAGCGAUUCCGGCAGAAGCAUAUAAUAACCAUUCGCCAGAAACCGAGAAGAAUGAAAACAACAAACACGCGCAAAUAAUCAAAAACACAGUCCGCAUUAUCAACGAGGUCAAACAAAAAACAGAGGAAGAGAGGGAUGGCGGAAUGGGCGAGGUUCCCGGGUUAUUAGUGUUGCUCAAUGACAACAGCAACACAACUGGCAAACCAGCAAGAGAGACACAAGAUGACAAUGGUUACCAGCCAGAGCAGGUGGAGCUCUUUAGUGCUGCAUGGUGGGAGGACACACUCUAUGAAAUGGACAUUAUCGGCUUCGAAGUCAUCUUGUGGGAUCCAGCAAGCCCCGAAACAAAUCCGACGGCGAGAAACGAGUUUGGCGAGUUGCAAGGCUUGCCGCGCAUCAAAGAAGUUUUGUCAGCGCUGGAAUGGGGGUCUCCUUCUGCAGACGAAGACGACGAUAAUGAUGCUGACACGGAAAAAUUCCUCGCUGAUAUGGGCGACGACGGGCUUGGAGUGGAAGUUGGGCAAUUGGAGCGAGAGAUGAUGGGAUUACGAUUUGCUAUCAACAAUAACGGCAAUGACAACGAUUAUGAUGACGAUGACAAUAAUGAUAAUGACGGCGGUGAUUCAGAGCUGCAAGUCGACGAUCUCGAAGCCUUGAUGAUGAGAAUGAGGUCGAUCAAAGACAUGUCGGCAGAUCUGCCCGAAGCCCAACGCAAAGCAUUUGCAGCAAAAGCCGUCAGAGAUAUCAUGCGGGAAUUAUAA